GUCAGGGAUUAAAACAUAUUUAUGCAGACUCAGAUAAACUCUAUUAAAUUUUCAGCACAGAAAAUACAUUGAAGGCAUGGGUUUAAUGUAGAUUCGUGGCUGAAAAAGAAAAAAAUUGAAAUGGUCGUUGGGGCGAGCCCAUGCUGGCUGCAGACCAGAACCGCAUCCGGCCGAAGCCUAUUGGGCCUUUGAGCCGGCCCAUAUGCGUCCGCGAGGAUGGAGGAGGAGCGGUUAGGGUUUCCAUCCCCUCCCUCUGGUCCGACCGUCGCCGCCGCCUUUGGACCCGGCCGCCUCCGCUGACCAGCGGUGCGAGCCAUCGGGGCUCGAGCACCGCCGUACCGGGUGCAGGUGGACACCGCCACCCGCCGCCGCUGCCGAAGCAUCGAAGGGCGCGAGUGGUCGUGCACAGCCGCCCGGUGGGGCGCGGGCUCGGACGGUCGAGCUUGCCACCCGCCGCUGUUGCCGGUGGGCUGCUCCGGGCGAAGACGCCACCGAAGCCGGCAUGCGCCGCCGCCGCAGCCGUAAGGGCGCUGACGAGCGGGCACCGCCGCCUCCCGCAGGGAUGCAGGCGAGCGUGCAGGCAUGCUCCGCUGCUUCCCGGUGCGAGCGGUCAUGUCCGGCAGCCGUUGCUGUACGGCGAUGAGGCCGCUCGCGCGGGGCCGCAGCCGGUGCAGGACCGGUGCUGCUGGGACCACCGCCGCUGGAUCGGCCGCCGCCGUCUCGGGUGCAAGGACGCCGCCGCCGGCUGCUGGGGUGCAGGUGGGAGCACGCCACCGCUGACGCAGGGGCGCUGGCGGGCGUGCCGCGGGCGAGGUUGCCGCAGGAUCGUGAGUAGACGUGCGACGGUCGCCGCCGGACAUUGCAAGUCGAUGGAUGCUUCGCCGGCGUUGGGCAAGACAUGUUCAAGGGCGUCGCUGAAGACGCCACUGGUGAUGCACUGCAGCAAGAAGUGCUUGUUCAUCAUCGCUCGAAUCUCUGCUUGUUCGUCUUGGAUUCGACAUUGAUCGACUUUGUGCUUCUGUUCUUCUCCAGCGACCAGGACGCCAGGAACUGCAUCGUCGCCAUGAAUGUCUUGUGGCCGAACUCAUUAGUGUUCGAGCAUGCCUGCGUGAUAACGUGUUAAGAGUAUGGGACUGUUUGUGUGUGUCUAUAUAUAUUUAUACACCACUGCGGGAAAAUUA